UUUUUUAACAUUUUCCGUUCGCGUUUGAACGAAUUAGUGCGUCUCAAAGUAUCUUUCCGAACAGUGUGUUUGAAGAUUUUUCAACUGACGAGUCGUUUUGUCAUCAAACCACGACUUUUAACUGUUUUGGAAACAAAGUGUUUACCGACGAAACUCAACGAUUACUGUCAUUUGCAUUUUUUCGACCAUUGGCAACCGGAAAUUAGUUUAUUUUUUUAAAAAAAUGGGACAAUCAAAAUUUGCAAAAUAUUUCUGCAUUCCACAACGCAUAAUCAUGGCGAUUAUUUGUUUUUUCGGAAUUUCAAUUGCGUAUGUAAUGCGUGUUUGUUUAUCGGUGGCCAUCACCGAAAUGGUGGCGAAACCAAAUCACACCGAAAUUGUGACAGAAUCCAAUAACAGUAUAUGUGUGGCUGAUCCUAUCAUGCUGGGAUCAAGUACGGGUCACAGUGAUGGCGGUGAAUACCAUUGGACGCAAGAGCAGCAAGGAUGGAUUUUAUCCUCAUUUUAUAUUGGGUACGUUCUUACACACUUACCUGGUGGUGUUAUUGCUCAAAAAUAUGGAGGCAAAUGGACAUUAGGACUGGGAAUUUUAUCAACGGCAAUUUUCACUCUUCUAACACCGUAUGCCGUUCAACAAGGUGGACACGUUGCAUUGAUUGUGUUGCGUAUUUUGAUGGGCCUCGGCGAAGGCACAACAUUCCCAGCUUUAAGUGUUUUGCUUGCAUCAUGGGUGCCUGAAAAAGAAAGAAGCAAACUGGGAUCAUUCGUUUUCGGAGGCGGUCAGAUUGGAACAGUAGCCGGAAAUCUGCUGUCAGGUAUGAUCUUAUCAUCAUAUUCAUGGCCAUGGGUGUUCUACGUUUUUGGUGUCAUUUCGAUCAUUUGGUUCUUGAUUUUUGUGUGUAUUUGCUAUAGCAAUCCAGAUUGCCAUCCAUUCAUAACAAAGGAAGAACGUGAUUAUCUUGAAUCUGAGCUCGGACAAUUGAAACGUCAUAAACAUUUGCCAGCGACACCAUGGACUUCGAUUCUAACAUCUGUUCCGAUGAUUGCACUCGUAUGCGCACAGAUUGGUCACGAUUGGGGAUUUUAUAUCAUGGUAUCUGAUUUGCCAAAAUAUAUGAGCGAAGUGCUACAAUUUUCAAUCAAAGACAAUGGAACCUAUUCAUCUUUGCCAUAUUUGGUGAUGUGGAUUGUUUCAGUGUCGACUGGAUGGCUCAGUGAUUUCAUGAUUGGUCGUAAAUUCCUUACGAUUACCGGAGCACGCAAAUGGUUCACUGCCGUUGCUGCCAUUUUCCCUGCUAUAUUCAUUGUGUUGGCUUCAUAUGCUGGAUGUGAUAAAAUGUUGGUUGUCGUUAUGUUCACAUUGGCUAUGGGCUUCAUGGGCACAUUUUAUCCGGGCAUGAAAGUGAACCCAUUAGACUUGAGCCCAAAUUAUGCAGGUUCAAUUAUGGCUGUAACAAAUGGUAUCGGAGCAUUGACCGGUGUGGCUGCACCAGUUUUUGUUGGUGUAAUGACACCAAACUCAUCUUUAACCGAAUGGCGGAUCGUUUUUUGGAUAACAUUUGUUAUAUUUGGCGUUACAACGAUUAUAUAUUCCAUUUGGGCUUCAGCAGAAGUCCAACCAUGGAACACACCGAAAGAAAUAAAAUCACCUGGACACGAUGAUGUCCACGAAAAAGAUAAGUUAAUGAUCGAAUUAGAAUCAAUAAAAAUAGAAGCAAUGAAUUUUAACGAAUAAAAAUUAUUUGUUUUAAAUGAAGAAAAAUGUGCAUUUACCACUUUAGUAAAACUGUACACAC